AAAAAGGCUAGGGGUCCUUUCUGAGCUUGGGUUGGAGCCCUUCUUGGAGCAGGGAGCAGAGACGAUGGGGAAGCAGGACCACAGGAGGUGAGAGGGCCAGGAAUGGACUGGGCCCUGGGCACAGAGGGGUUAACUACAAAGCGAGAAUCUCAGAGAGCGAGAUCAAUGGGUUACUCGCUGCAGAAAGAGGCAGAAGCAACGCAGAGAGGCAGAGGAGAGCCGGACAGAAGAGCAUGCCAUCCGGGGGAAACCAGGGAAUGAGGAGGAGGUGGCUACUUCUUCGGAAGGAGUGUCCAAGUCCAGCUCAGCAGAGGAGGGCCCUUAAAGGAGAAGAGGGAGCACUGGGAGGCAGACCUGUACCUGCAGGUGCCUGUCUGAUGGGGAGAUGGCUGAUGCCCAGAACGUUUCGCUAGACAGCCCAGGGAGUAUGGGGGCUGUGGCAGUGCCUGUGGUCUUUGCCCUCAUCUUCCUGCUGGGCACAGUGGGCAAUGGGCUGGUGCUGGCAGUGCUGCUGCAGCCCGGCCUGAGUGCCUGGCAGGAGCCGGGCAGCACUACGGAUCUGUUCAUCCUCAACCUGGCAGUGGCCGAUCUCUGCUUCAUCCUGUGCUGCGUGCCUUUCCAGGCCGCCAUCUACACGCUGGAUGCCUGGCUUUUUGGGGCCCUCGUUUGUAAGGCUGUGCACCUGCUCAUCUACCUCACCAUGUACGCCAGCAGCUUCACGCUGGCGGCUGUCUCGGUGGACAGGUACCUGGCCGUACGGCACCCGCUGCGCUCGCGGGCCCUGCGCACGCCGCGCAACGCCCGCGCCGCCGUGGGUCUGGUCUGGCUGCUGGCGGCGCUCUUCUCGGCGCCCUACCUCAGCUACUACGGCACCGUGCGCUACGGCGCGCUCGAGCUCUGCGUGCCCGCCUGGGAGGACGCGCGCCGCCGCGCCCUCGACGUGGCCACCUUCGCCGCUGGCUACCUGCUGCCCGUGGCCGUGGUGAGCCUGGCCUACGGACGCACGCUGCGCUUCUUGUGGGCGGCCGUGGGGCCCGCGGGCGCGGCGGCGGCCGAGGCCCGGCGGAGAGCCACGGGCCGCGCGGGGCGCGCCAUGCUGGCGGUGGCCGCGCUCUACGCCCUCUGCUGGGGCCCGCACCACGCGCUCAUCCUCUGCUUCUGGUACGGCCGCUUCGCCUUCAGCCCGGCCACCUACGCCUGCCGCCUGGCUUCGCACUGCCUCGCCUACGCCAACUCCUGCCUCAACCCACUGGUCUACGCGCUCGCCUCGCGCCACUUCCGCGCGCGCCUCCGCCGCCUGUGGCCCUGCGGCCGCCGCCGUCCCCGCGCCCGCUGCCCCCCGGGUGCCCGGCGCGCCCUCCGUCGCGUCCGCCCGGCGUCCCCAGGCCCUGCCGGCUGCCUCGGGGACGCUAGGUCUCGCGGGCGGCUGCCAACGGGCGGCGGCUGGGGCGGGGAGCCGGGUCGGGAGCCCGUCCGCGGCAGAGAGGCUGGCCGGGCCCUGCCUGCCCGAGGACCGGAAUAA